AUGGCUUCACAUCAACGAUCUGGCAGCGCCAGUUUCUCGCUCUUCCCUAGCCCCAACUUUUCCAAACCUCAUCCGGUGGUACGCACCCGUCGCUCUGAAUCCCACGAACGUCGAGCGGCCACGCCGCAACAGCAAACCCAGGAUAGUCUAUCUCCCUCUCCAAAUGGCCGACAGACACCUCAACAGAGGGCACACACUCCUCUCGAAUUCAACCCUCCGCUCCAGGAAGUAUCAGAGGCGGCUUCGGAUCAUGAGGCUAUACCACCGGCGAUUGUGGAAGAUGAGCAGCCCGAUGGCCCUGGCGUGGGACCCAGUCGCCCUGCUCGAGUUCAACAGCCCCGAUUGACUCUUGAAGUUCCCAGACCAACGGGUGCUACGUUUGCACCACCUCAGGUGUUCGCCAGCAAUAACAUCGUGGACCAGCCCAGGAACUCCAUCGCCAAGCCCCCCCUGUUCUUCGAAGCCCCCCCAACUCAUGAGCAGCCGCCUGCCUUGCGAUCUAUGUUCCCGACGUAUAAUCCCGAACUGCCCUUGGACCAACAAAAUUAUGGCCCGCUUCGAUCACAUCCGCCGGGAGUGCCCCGGGCUGUUGUCAGCCGCCAGAGUUACCUCGAAGACCCCGACGCAGCACCGGAGCAUCCUGCUGUCCGUGAUCCUGGCUUCAGAGUCCCUACCCGCUCUCAAAAUCCUCCAAUCAUUCCUGCCAUAUGCACGACUGAGCAGCUCCAGGAUCUUUGGAAAGUCACAAACGGCUGGAAAGCAUCCUUCUCCGAGGGACGCGUUUACUGCCUGAAGUUGACGCAGCAGAAAGAUGCCCCCGUAUACACACUCUCCUCGACUUCACAACCCUUCUAUAACCUCCGUCUGGAUCCCACAUCUGCCUCAGCCUACGUGUCGCUGACCAGGUACGAUCCAAGCAAGGUUUACAAAGCCCCUAAGCAGACGCCGCCUUCCGCGGCAAGCAUUUUGAAUCAUGUCAUGGGGGGCAACAGUCGAGCUUCGGAUGGAAAGUAUUGGCAAGAGGCAUUGAAUACAACCCUAGAAGAAGAAUCCAGGAAACACUCCCCAAACGACGGGCUCGCUGCCCUUCUCAUGCCUUGCGCGGCAACAAAGAUAGCUUUGGAUAGGCCGGAUGAUCCCGCCACGGUCGCGGCUGCAGAGAGGGAGUGCGGCAGGCUUGUAUGGGACGACGACAGUUCAAGUUACUACGUGGUGCAUCCGGCCCUGGCGACGCCGUUUUGCGUCACAGUUGAACACUGCCCUGCUUGGUCUCGUGUCGAAUACACACUGGAACACCACGAGUCACCGCAACACCUCGCCAAACUGACGCGAGAUGGUACCGGCACUGGGUGGUUGGAAAUUGACACUGGCGUUGCGUCGAAGAUUGAGUCAUUCUACAUUGUCGACGUAGCUGUUACUGCACUGCUUCUUGUCGCCGCUAUGGAGGAUAGGAGCUCGCCAAACACGGUGAUGGAGGCAUUCGAGGCACCUCCGGUACCAGAGCCUCCGAGGCCAUCAAGGAGCAUCAGCAGUGCUCUGAGCCGACAUCGUGAUAAUGACGAUGGGAGGAAGAAGAAGGACAAGAAAGACAAGAGGCGAGGGAAGAUGGACCAAUUCGAAAUCGACAUCGAAAGCCAAAACGAUAGCUUGGGCAAGGACAACAAAAAGACAGCAGGCGAGGACAAGCUGCCCUUUAUACUGCGAGUCAUUGUCAAGCUGACAAAGGGAGUAUUCAACUGCUUUAUAUGGAUACUUACGAUUGGGUUUGCAUGUGUCAAGGGAGUUUUCAAGGUUCUGUACAAAUGCGUGGGAUCCAAGUAUUAA